AUGUUGAAUAGGAAAAUAUUGAAUGGUGGUUAUCAAGACGAAACAUUAGCGCAGCGUUUAAACAGACGACGUCGUAUACAUAAUAGAAGAGUUUUAGAUAGAAAAUCGUUGAAUGAUGAAUCAGAAACAAGAUUAAAUCAUUAUUUUCCAACAAAAACGCAAUCACUCGAUCGUCAAUCAAGUAAACGAACAAUAUCUCCAACGAAGAAAUCUUCUAAUUCACCUGUAAGAUACAUUGAUCAACAGAAAUCAUCGUUAAUAGUCAAUGAAAAUCUAGUAUUGCCACCAAUAGAAAAUUCGUCUUUAAAAACCAACCACACUCCAACAAACGAUAAAAUCGAGUCUUCUCCUCAUCUACCAUAUUUAUUCAAAAAUCAAUCUAUCGAUUUAGAAAACGAGAAACAAGAUUCAACAAAGUCGCUUCCCUCAAUCGAACAGAAAUCAAAUGAAAAAUCUGUCAUAACCGAACGAAUAGUUUCAUCGGGACCAUCACCAGUUAAAACCUCUACAACUAUCGAGGAAUCCGAUUCGAUUCAACAAGAAAUUAAACAACAUUCUUCUUCAGAUCAUGAUGAAAAAUUUGCUAUUCGUAAAGAAAAUGAUGCACCCAUACUACCUCCAAUUAUUCCUUGUGCAACUACCGAGAAAUUCAACGCAACAACACAGGAAACCUUUGAAAAUUCUAAUUUCAAGCGGAACAAAGAAGUUUCUCAUGCUGCAUGGAGUCAUCCACAAUCAAGCACUGAGCGUCAAGAAAAAUAUUCUAAUUAUUCUUUGUUCGCUUCAAAACCUAUUGCACGUACCACAUCAGAACAAAUCAUAUCAAAAAAUAGAUCCGGCCAUCAAUUGAUCAAUCCAAAGGAACUUAAAAUGAAUGAUUUAGCACUCUUAUAUUUAUUUCGUAAACGUUUCGUUGACGUUGAACCGACUCGUACAUCAUCAUUAGAUCGUAAACAAGCACAACAGAAAACUGUUUGGGAUUGA